AUGAUUAAACAAACAAACAAUCUCGUUGACAACGAAAUUAUCAAACUUGUAGAGGGAGUAUUUCCUUACAGAACUUUUAAAACGCGGGAUUAUGUUAAUUAUAUGAACAAUACUUUGAAAGAAGGGAAGAUACUUGAUAAAGGUGCUCGUCUUAGUAUGCUUAUUAAUUACUUUAGAGGAGGAAAAUGGUGUUACGACUGCAUGUUAUUUACUAUGACUCGGGACCAGUGCGAGAUAUUGAAUCCGAAAGAUCAAUUUUCUUUUAUUUACACGUUUUUUCUUUGUCCAGAUUGUGCAGAAUUAACAUUAACACACCUUGCUACAUUUAAUUAA